AUAUAUAUAUAUAUAUAUAUAUUUUCACUUGUAUGUUGUUUAUAUGUUAGACUGAAUUAAAUUGUGUUGUUGUUGUUGUUGUUGUUACUGUUGUUGUUACUGUUGUUGCUGCUGCCGCUGCUUAGAUGAUGCAAAGGAUUUAUAAGGUUGAGGGGUGGUUGUUGAUUGGGGGUUGGGAAGUUUCUACUUGUGCUUGUGAUUGUGACGAGGCUGUUCCUUGUGAGGUUGAUGCUGCUACGGCUGCUGCCUAUGAUACAGUGCAGCAGGGUUCAUCCAUUGUGGUAAAGCUGUGAUUUUGCCGGCGCUGCAAUGCUUUUCUUUCUGGUUGUGUGGUGAACGGAGGGGGUAUGGGCAACAGCACUUCUCGAGUCGUGGGGUGCUUCGCCCCCUUUGGCAAUGGCAAGGAUGGGGUCAAUCUUGAGUUUUUGGAGCCCCUGGAUGAAGGUCUCGGCCAUUCCUUCUGUUAUGUCAGGCCUGUUAUCUUUGAUUCUCCGGCCAUCACCCCUUCCAACUCCGAAAGGUUCACACUUGAUUCCAGUACCUUUGAUUCCGAGACGCAUAGUGGUGGUUCCUUCAGGCACGACUUUGCCGUAGCCGAAGACUCUUCGUCUGCUUGCUUGCAGUUGCAGAGACCCAAUAAGAACUUCUCUGAGACCACCUUCAAGACUAUCUCGGGGGCAUCCGUCAGUGCUAAUGCAUCCACUGCUCGCACCGUCAACCCAAGUGUGCUUUCCUCCGGUGACGCUCAGGAACCUGCCGCUUCGUUUGAGAGCACGUCUUCAUUUGCCGCCAUUCCCUUGCAGCCGGUGCCGCGCGGGUCUGGACCUCUCAAUAGUUUCAUGUCUGGUCCCCUGGAGAGAGGGUUUGCUUCGGGUCCUCUGGAAAGAGGUGGUGUGGGAUUCAUGUCAGGGCCUUUGGAUAAGGGGGUUUUCAUGUCUGGACCUCUGGAUAGCACAGACAGAAGUAACUUCUCUGCUCCGCUCGCUUACAGCCGGCGAGCUGGUGGUCUUGGACGUCUUGUCCGGAGCAUGAGCAGACCCAUGAGAAAUGCAUUGACUCGGACGUUCACCAGGCGCUUACCAGGUCCUGGCUGGGUGCAGCGCUUCUUCCUGCAUCCUAUGACAAAGUUUGUUUGGCACCCCAAGGAAGCAAAAUUUCGGGCUGAAGCUCCCCGGAAUUGUGCUGAGGUUGGGCCUUCUGAGCCUGAGUACAGUAAUACCCGCAACUUGCAAUGGGCUCAUGGCAAGGCUGGGGAAGACAGAGUUCAUGUUGUUCUCUCUGAGGAGCAAGGCUGGCUUUUCGUGGGGAUAUAUGAUGGUUUCAGUGGCCCUGACGCACCGGAUUUCCUUAUGGCUAAUCUUUACAAGGCUAUUGAUAAAGAAUUACAAGGACUGCUUUGGGACUAUGAAGAUAAUCCUGAAAAGAGCACGCCCGCAUCAGGCAUUCUUCAAACUGAGGUCAGUGUGGAUCAUUCUAACCCUCCAGAUGAGGACACAAUUACCUCUAGUUCCAACAUUGAUGGUUUGGAAAAGGAUUCUGUUAAUUGUCAAUCAUCAAAGGAGAAUUUGGAGAACCAAUUCAAUGGACGAGUUAUAGGUUCUUCUUCCACAGAAGAUAGUUGUACAGAGACAUCUGCAAUUGACAAGGGUUCACAGUGCGACUCUGUAAAAGAUAAUGAGAUAGUUGAAGACAAAGAUGGGAUGGCCACCACCGAUCUGUUGAUAAAAGCUACAAAUGUUAGUGAAGAUAGCAGCUCAAACGUGAGUGAUAGGAAAGUAGACAUCCCCACUGUCACUAAUCUUCCUAUCCCAGAUGGUUCAUCAAGCAAAUUGCCAAGGCAAUACAAGAAAAGCAAACGCCUCUAUGAGCUCCUUCAGAUGGAGCUAUUGGAAGAGCAUGAUUUGAAGGAUUCUAUGUCAGUCUCUGAGUUUGGUAGCAGAAGAAUGAGUUCAAGUGAUUUGCAGUCAAAUGCCAGUGAAGACAUAUGUGUCAGAGAAACCUUGACUACCGCAGAACUUGUCUCAAGCUCUGCAAGCAUCCGAGGAGAAGAUUCCGGUCGCAUGGAUGAGGUUGGCAGAACAAGAGACAAUGAGGGUGUGCUUGGGGAGGACUCCAAAGAAUCUAGGCUCCCGACAGGGCCUUCUUUUUCUGUUUCAGGACACAAGCAGAUGAUUAGGAGAUCACUAAUCGGAUCAAGGCUAAGAAAGAUGUAUAGGAAGCAGAAAUCAUUGCGCAAAAAGCUCUUUCCGUGGAGUUAUGAUUGGCACAGAGAUCAAUGUCAUGUAGAUGAGAAAGUGGCCAACGCAACAGCGGUAAUUAGAAGGUGCAAGUCAGGACCUGUGGAUCAUGAUGCAGUCCUUAAAGCAAUGUCACGAGCACUUGAAUCUAUAGAGGACGCGUACAUGGAAAUGGUUGAAAGCUCACUUGAUAAAAACCCAGAGCUUGCAUUGAUGGGCUCAUGCGUUCUUGUGAUGCUGAUGAAGGAUCAAGAUGUGUAUGUCAUGAACCUUGGUGACAGUCGUGUUAUAUUGGCACAAGAUAGGCUAAGUGAUCGUUAUAUUGGUUCAAAUCUUGUGAAAGAUGAUUCAAGGCAGAGAAACAGGCCGAGGGAGUCAGUUGUUCGUGUUGAGCUUGACAGAAUCUCCGAGGAGUCUCCAAUACAUAAUCUCAAUACCCAAGUCUGCAAAACCAACAAAAACAGAGAGAUCUCCAUUUGCAGAUUGAAGAUGAGGGCUGUUCAGCUGACCACUGAUCAUAGUACUAACAUCCAAGAGGAAGUUUUGAGGAUAAGGGCAGAACAUGUUGAUGAUAUUCAAGCUGUCUUCAACGAAAGAGUAAAAGGGCAGUUGAAGGUUACAAGAGCAUUUGGUGCGGGGUUUCUAAAAAAGCCCAAGUUCAAUGAAGCACUGCUGGAGAUGUUUCGGAUUGACUACAUUGGAAGCUCACCAUAUGUUAGCUGUGUACCUUCUGUUGUCCAUCACCGACUGUGCUCAAGUGAUCGGUUUCUGGUCCUUUCUUCUGAUGGGCUGUACCAGUAUUUCAGCAAUGAAGAAGUUGUUUCACAUGUUGCCUGGUUUAUGGAGAAUGUACCUGAAGGGGAUCCGGCACAAUACCUGAUUGCUGAGCUACUUUUUCGAGCAGCUAAAAAGAAUGGAAUGGAUUUCCAUGAGUUGCUUGACAUUCCUCACGGUGAUCGGCGGAAGUAUCAUGAUGAUGUAUCAGUGAUGGUGAUUUCCCUGGAAGGAAGGAUUUGGAGAUCAUCCGGUUGAUUCUUUUGAUAUUAUUGUGGGUCUCGGUCUUUUGUAUCUCUGUCAAAGUUACAAUUUUUUUCCUGAUGGAAAGCAUUCUUCUUUUUCUUUAUUUUUCUUUUGUCUUCUCAAUAGGCACUUCUUUUGAGCUCUUUUUUGCCUUGCUGCGGCAUCUGCUUAUAAACAUCUACUGUGCCUCUUUACUCUCUCUCUCUCUCUCUCUCCCUCAUGGGAUGGUGCAUGUGCCACCAUGAGGCUUUGAGUUACUUCUUCCUGGGACACAAUAUAUAGAUUGAGGUUUAGAUUGAGUUUU